UCAAAGUUCACAAAAGGACAAUUUGAGAAAAAUUGUGGUACUUUGAGUGUGUCAGUUUUAGGAGAAUCAAGGCGUAUCUUGGAGAAUCUAUCCCCAAAGAAGCGGAGACGGAUUGACUGGACGCUGUUCAACAGAUGGGAGCGGGAUGCGGAGGCUCGAUACGAGAGGCAAAGAAAAGGUGAGGAGGAAAAGGUUGCUCUUAUUGCCUUGCAGACCAAGAAGCAGAAGCAAGAGCUCGAUGAUAUGCAGGCAGUGAGUGGGUGCAGGCGGCCCCCGCCAUACAAUGCUGCGGGAGAAGAGGAAGUUGGACAAGUGCCAGUGGCUGGGAGCUCUGCAGAGCCGUGCUCCAGGAAAGGGGAAGUGAAGACAGAGGGUGAGAGCUCAGAUGAUGAUGAGGAUGAGAGGGAUGCUCCUGAACGAGGCGAUGACACCUGAGUUGCGUGAGCCCCUAAGCCGCGUAUUCAAGGGGGUGAAAAGAAAAGCUGGAAAACCACCUCCCACACACCCAAUGAAAACUCGGUCGGUCUCUGUGAUUGGGAAAAAGACUGAGAAAACUUGUAAUUUGCCUAUGCUUCAGUUUCCAGGUGCUGAAGGGCCAGUGUGGGUGGAGAGACCUUGGGAUUUGGAAGAGCUUCGAAAUGUGACAACCGCACUCCCAGAUCCAGAAAAAGGGGUAGAACGGUUCAUAAGUGCAGUUACAAAUGUUGAUGUAACUUAUAAACCCACAGGUCGAGACUGGUCAGCAAUAUUCAGCGCAAGACUGGGAUUGAAGUGGACAGAAGUGCGUGGAGCAGGCGAAGACGCUUUCAACCCCGCCCUGCAGCGUCUGGAUGAAGGAGGAACUGAAACUCAGGAGUGGAGAGUUCAAUGGACAGCAAUGCUUGAGAGACUGAGACUGGCUUACCCACUACGGCCAGACUGGGCAGCGAUUGCCAACACGAAGCAGUUGAAAGAUGCAAGUCCAGCCUCACGUCUCAGUGGGGAAAAGAGGAAGCUCCUGGGCGGAAGUAGGAGUGUGGCUCACGGAGCAAGUGGAGAGGGGGGCUGGACUUGGCAUGAUGAUGGGUAUUAUACAAAUGAAGCAGGGGUUAAAGCUGCUCUGCCAGUUCCAGGUGUUGGACCCCAGCACUCUUACGAGCCAGGACAGUGGGUCUGGAUCAAAGAUCUCAGGCGAAAGGCGUGGAACAACCCAAGGUGGCUAGGGCCAUACGAGAUCAUUCUAACAACAAACACCGCAAUCAAGGUCGCUGAACGUGACACCUGGGUUCACGUGUCACAUUGUAAGCCCCACCAACACGCAGAUUCAAGCCAAAAGUAGAGGAAAUCAGGGCGUACUAGUGACGAUCCCUCCUCUGCCAACGAAGGAAAGACCUUGCUACGGCUCGCAAAGAGUCAUCAAGGUGAAGAUGGAACGCUUCAGACGUCUGUGGGGCCAACGGGAUGAUCAGCGCACCUGGGAGUGGCUCUGGGCCGACAAAUUGUUUAAGUGUAGCAUAUGUGUUAUUGCAUUCAUA